AUGCAAAUUUCACCAAGAGAACUCUUUGAUUCGCUGGUCAGAGUGAUUAUACGAUUUCAUCAGGAGGACACCACGAGUCAUAACAAAUACAUGAUAUUUAAGUCGCUGGAGGAGGCGAACAUUGCAGAUUGCAUCUUUAAACAGACCAAUGACCUGUCUGUACCUUUUCAAAUCAAAUGGUACAACAAACAGGCAGAUAAACUUGGUAUAUUUACGAGCAAUGCAAAGGACACACCAUCGGCAGAAACCAAUGCAGACCAACAGACCGUAAAACAGGGCGGUAAUACACCACGAAAGAAAACCAAUGAAUUUAAAUUUAAGUACGCACAGGUGAGCUUACCGAUAUCGCAAGCACUCUACAACAAAAUCUGUAGGAUUCCGUUUCUCAAGUACCCAUGUCUGACUGUCGAGGAACUUUACGAGCUCAUAACAUCCAAUUUGUUUAGUGUCCUGGACAAUCGCCUGUUGAUAAUGCAGUUAAUCGUUGACAAUCUUUAUAACGACCAUAAAAUGUACGAAAAGAUGUGCAUCCACCACUGUACAAUAACUUACAGCCUUUUGAACAGGAUAAGCGGAUUUGAAAUUGAUAAAACUAGGUUCAUGGAGUUGGUUUGUACCGAGCAGGGCUUGGAGAAGCUUGAGGAAGUGCUAAGCGGUCUGAAGAAACCGGAUAGUAGCGCGGUGCAGCGCAAAGCAAUACUUAACGUCCGUCUCCGUCUUUACCAUUGGAUUAACUCGUUUUUGAAUUUGGUAAAUGUGACCAAAAAGAACAUUGGCUUUAUAAUAACUGAUUCGCGCGGUCAAGAUGCUCACGUGUCCCCGAUCAAUAAUAUCAAAUCUCAACUCUUACUGGUUAUGAGCAUGGACUGCCUCGACUUGUGUUACAUGUUUCACCGUUUGUCAAUGGACUACCGCUUUUUACAGUUUAACGAGCAGUUGCUUAUGGAGCAGUUUGAGAACGCGGACGUAAAACCGAGUAUAAUGCUGGAAAUUAAGUUUGAGAGAAUGGAAACGGAGAAUAUUGAGGAUUUAUGUGAAGUGGUGAACAGGCUGUUAAGGUGCAGUUUUGUGUGCGAGGACCAUGUCGCACAGCUAUUUCUUCGUUUUGAUAACCUAGAUAUCAAGCUUGAAACCAUGCAAAUAGGCAAUAAAGAAUGCAAUGUAUAUCUUAACAACAGCGGGUUGAUGUUAUUGAACUCUCUGCCCGCCCAAACAAUAAGCCUUGAGAUGCAAAACAUACUGCUGACGGAAACAGUGAAGCUCUGUAGAUUCCUCAACGUUCUCAAAUGCAGAUAUGUCAUUGCGGAUGAUGACUGCAAAAUCAUAAUAAUGAAAUCGUGUGCCACUAUUAAACUCGUGAAUGUCUGCAGCCUAAUCGAGUACAGCGCUUUCGGUACUAUUAAAUCCUUUGACGUAUCGAUAAUUGAAAGUAAGUGGCUCGCUACUGGAAGAUUUUCCAAAUUUAAGAUGUUGUGCGCUUGGUGCACAUCGGAUUUCACGUGCAAUGAGAGUAUCAGGUUUCUUGCGCUUGACCAGGUCAAUGUCAUCCAACCAUUCAUUAUGCGCUUUAACGGAGAAUGCCAAAGGAUAUUACUCAAUCAUUGUAUGGGAAUCAUUGAUUUGAGACAUGUUAGCGAUUUAGAAAUUUUAGAAUGCUCAGGAUGUCUGCCCAAAGAUUUUUUUGAAAUGUUGCCGCCUCUAGUACGGAACCUGAUCAUCACCGAGCUUGUAAUAAAUUACGAUGUGAAAGUUGAGAAAAAAUUUCACUCUUUAAAACUGAAAAAUGUCAGGGUCAGGGAGGAAUGUACAUUCAAACUGGAUGGAGAAUAUUAUAAUGUCAUGAUCAGAGAAUCACAGGGCACAUUUAAUUUAUUCGGCCAAUUACUUCUAACUAUGUCCCUUGAUAACGUCACAUUACCUGAUCUUAUCUUCCAAAGGAAUGAUAACGACAACCAAGUAGAUAUUUUCCUUGUUUCAUCCACCAUAAUGAACAAUAAUAUGUUCUUCAACACCUUACACAAUAUCUAUUUGAUCAAUGUUCAGUUUAUGGAACCUAUUUCUCUACACUUAGACGAUAAUAUCAACGUGCUCUUCAUUAUAAACUUCGUUGGAACAAUCAGAUUGACUGGAAUUAUCAGCGGUACAUUUUCUCAUCACGACUUUUUCCGGUCCGAGCUCACGGUCACCAAAAUGCAGGGCGGACAGACAUACCAAAUAAUAUUCAUGGGCAUUGAUAUGCAGGAGACCGUGUUCAUACAUUGCAAGCUCGAAAGUAUUUUGUUAAAGAAUAUGCAAAAUGAUAUUUUGCCUAGUAUUUGCGUCACGGAUAGUUGUGACUCUAUAAUACUGGAAAAUUACAUAGGUUCUGUGGAUAUGCUGUCCAGACCGUAUCUCAGAAUGUCCUCUGCCACCUAUACUUCACUUCUUUACUCGGAGUGCACCAACUCUCUCGUGAUUGGUGGUGAGCUUCAUCUAUCCACGCAUUUUUUAUCGCAUAAUAUCAUGCAUAUAAACCUGAACGGGCUCGUCAUGGUCACCACGAGCGUUUUCUACCUGCACAGCAACUUGGUAAGUAUUCAAAUCAUCAAUUGCUCUGGCACAUUCCACUUCGCGGGCAUGCUCAACGUUAAUGAAUUGGUUAUUGAACGCAGAAGCAUGAUAAAAAUGGAAACUUUACCAGCACUAGGCAUACGUUUGAAUCUUCACAACUUAUCGUUCAACGGUUCGCUGAACGUUCCCGGUUACGUGAAAAAAUUACGCUUUAAUAAUGUCAUACUGGGAGAAGAAGCCGUUGUUUGGAUAGAUUUACAGUGCGAAGAUGUAAUAAUCAUUCAUUCACAGUGUACGAUUCAUUGGUUGAGUGCGAUAGGACAUGAUGCAAUGGUAUGCACCGUGGAUGGAUCAUAUGAAUUCAAGAAAAAUGUUGGCAACGGCAUGUUAUCAUUCAAUCUUAGAAAUACCCGUUUUGCGGAACAAAUUAACAUAUCAAAUAACGUGGAAAGGAUUUGUUUGAAUGGUGUGAGGGGAUCGCACGACACUCCGGUGAUAGUGAAUAGGUCCUGCAAGUAUUUGUUGCUUAGGAACAGUACAGGCCUGGUAGUGUGUCAUUCACUGGAGUGUCUGGGCGUGUUUACUGUCAUUAAGUCCAUUGCCAGUCCUCUUGAGGUGAAAUUCCGCGAAAGAAAUGGCAUAAGAUUCCGAAUUUGCUAUGUGUUUGAAAACGAAUUGCCUGUGCAAAUUGUGAUAUGCACCAAGAACUUACGCAGCAUCUCACUGAGAGGCCGCUGUUCAAAUAUCACUGUGGAAGAAAUCAUGAAUGAUGAUACGUGUCAACCGUUUGAUUUGCAUCUGAUUGCAUUCCAGCGCUUAGCGAAUGAUAUUGAAUGCAUCUAUGAUAUGGAUAUUGCUGAGAUUGAUCUAAUUGCUGUUCUGAAAGGACAUUUACGAAACGACAUGACUCGGUGUCAAGCGCUCAGCAUGCAUUGCAUCAUAAAAAUCACCAUCAGCUACCUGGCACGUAAUUAA